AUGCGGCCGCUGCGCGGUCUCGGGGUGGCGAGGAUUGGGCCACGGCGCGGGGCACCGCCUCGGGAUAUAAAAUCUGCCUGCGGGCCGACCUUCACAGCUCACAGCUCACGGCGCGGCCUGUGCAUUCCAAGCAUCGGCCCUGAGCUCGGUCCGACCCGCAAGGACUUCAUCCUCCACCAGGCGCGGGUGAAGCUCCGUGAGCGGGCCGCCUUUGACCUCGGCCGCCGCAGCCAGUUCCUGGAGGUGCGGCUGACAGACGCUGAGAUCUCGUCGCUCACCAGCCGUGCAGGCGUCAAGAAGGGGGGUGACAUUGCCGGCUCGCGCCGCCGCUUCCUCCGCUUCGCGCAGCGGCGGCAAGAGCUCGAUAUUGAGCGCGAGGCGUUCCUCUCCGUGGUCGAGCAGCCCGAGGACGCGAGCCAGUUCGCAAACCACCUGCUCACGGCGAUCGGCAUCAUCGGCACCGCGAGCUGGGCCAUCUCCGGCACCCAGGUCGCUGGCGAGGCCGGCCUCAACAUCGUCGGGUGCGCCCUGGUCGGCUGCGUGAGCUCGCUUGGCGGCGGUACCGUCAACGCGCUGCUGUUUGGGCGGCCAGUGGUUUGGGUACGCGACCCGACCAACCUGGUGGUUGCCAUCACCGCGUCGCUGGCAACCUUCAUCGUCUGGCCCAUCCUCUCCUCCCACUUUGCCGAGCGGCAGGCGCGCGAGAUCCGCGCCGCCGCGGCGCUCUCCAAGCCGUGGUGGAAGCUGGACGUACGGCAGAUCGCGGGGCUCGAGGUGGACGAGGACGAGGCGCGGAUCGCGGCGGAGCCAAUCUCACGCGCGACCUUCCUGGCGGCACUGCGCGACGAGGACCUCUUCCUCCGCACUGCGACGCCCGAGCAGCUUUUCAUCGUCCUCGACAAGGACAACGACGGCGUGCUGGACGAGUUUGAGCUCAAGCACCUUGUCAAAGUGUCGUACGAUGGGCAAGGAUGGCUCUACGCGCUCGACACCAUCGCCAUCAGCUCGGGCUCCGUCUUUAGCGCCGCGAUGGCGAUCAGCCGCGGGCUGAGCCCGGUGGUGUGCUGCGUCUCGGGCGUGAGCGGAUGCUUCGGCGGCAUUAUCCGCGACUUGAUAUGCAAGCGCGACGUGGCGAUGGGCUCGCAGAGCUUUGCCGCCUCCUCGGCCGCCGGUGCCAUCAUGUACGUGCUGCUCCGCGAGGCGUGCUUGCGCGGCGUGAGCGUGCCGCUCGGCGUGCGUAUCAUCCUAUCGAGCUGCACGGCCGCGAGCGUGCGGAUCAUCGACUACGUGCGCGACACGCCGCUCCUCUCGCCAAUGCACGGCUUCCGAGAGCCGCGGCCAGAGCUGGUCGCGGCCACCUUGUCGAGGCGCCGCGCCGCCGCGCGUGGGGACCCGGACAUCGACGGUGGCGAGGACCCAGACGGGCCGGACGCGCGCCGGCUAGUGCGGAAGAACUCGCCAGAGAACCCGCACGUUGCGUAG